GCUUGCUGGCUCGUGCAUGCCUGCCCUCCAUUGCCUAAUGCAGCUGAGCAAAAGAGAGCAGUAAAAAGAGAAAAGGACUGGGGUGGGGAAAAAAUCAACAGAGAGCCAUUUUAGCUGAGAAUCUGUGGAGACGUGGGAUGGAAAAGCAUCCGGGCUCUUUGUUCGUAAACCCUCAUGAGCUCUACUAUCUGAGAAUGCAGAGAAGCAGAGACAAGAUGGAGAGGAAAAACAUGGAUGGACAGAAUCAGUGUCAAAGAAAGUUGAGAGUUUGUGUGGCAACAUGCAACAGAGCAGACUACUCCAAGCUGGCCCCCAUAAUGUUUGGGAUCAAAUCGCACCCCGAUGAGUUUGACCUGGAAGUUGUGGUGCUCGGCUCUCAUCUCAUUGAUGAUUACGGAAACACUUUUCGUAUGAUCGAGCAGGAUGACUUUGACAUCAGCUCCAAGCUUCACACCAUUGUGAGAGGAGAAGAUGAGGCAGCCAUGGUGGAGAGUGUUGGUCUGGCUCUCGUAAAGCUCCCUGAUGUCCUGCAGAGGUUGCAACCUGACAUCCUGGUUGUCCACGGUGACCGUUUUGACGCACUGGCUCUAGCCACCGCUGCAGCACUGAUGAACAUCAGAAUACUUCAUCUGGAGGGAGGAGAGGUGAGUGGUACAAUUGAUGACUCGAUCCGCCAUGCCAUCAGUAAACUGGCCCAUUACCACGCCUGCUGCACACGCACUGCAGAGCAGCACCUCAUCGCCAUGUGUGAGGACCACUCUCGCAUCCUGCUGGCUGGCUGCCCUUCAUAUGACAAGCUGCUGUCCACUCAUCGCCGAGAUGACUACCAUGAUGUGAUCAAGAGCUGGCUGGGUGACAAUGUGCAGGAUCAUGACUACAUAGUGGCUUUGCAGCACCCAGUUACCACCGACAUCCAGAGAUCCAUCAAGAUCUACGAUCUGAUGCUGGACGCUCUGAUCUCCUUCAACAAAAAGACCCUCAUCCUCUUCCCCAACAUAGAUGCUGGAAGUAAGGAGAUGGUGCGUGUGAUGCGAAAGAAGGGCAUCGAGCAGCACCCCAAUUUUCGAGCAGUGAAGCACAUUCCCUUUGAACAGUUCAUCCAGCUGGUGUGCCACGCUGGCUGCAUGAUCGGAAACAGCAGCUGUGGGGUACGAGAGGCCGGGGCCUUUGGCACACCUGUCAUCAACCUGGGAUCAAGACAAACUGGCAGAGAAACAGGUGAAAAUGUCCUUCAUGUCAGAGAUGCCGACUCACAGAAUAAGAUCUUCCAUGCUCUGGAGCUGCAGUUUGGAAAGAGAUAUCCCUGCUCUAAAAUCUAUGGUGACGGCAAUGCAGUUCCUCGUAUUCUGAAGUUUCUGCGAACCAUUGACCUGGAUGAGCCCCUCCAGAAGACUUUCUGUUUCCCCCCAGUGAAAGACUCCAUCUCCCAGGACAUCGAUCACAUCCUGGAGACACAGACGGCUCUGGCUGUUGACCUGGGAGGAACCAACCUCAGAGUGGCUAUCGUCUGCCAGAGGGGUAAGAUCAUAAAGAAGUACAUUCAACCGAAUCCAAAGACCUACGAGGCCAGGAUGCAGCUCUUAAUAAAGCUUUGUAUGGAUGCAUCACGAGAUGCUGUCUGCCUCAACUGUAGAUUACUUGGUGUCGGAGUGUCCACAGGUGGGCGUGUGAAUCCACAGGAAGGUGUAGUCCUUCACUCCACUAAGCUAAUUCAGGAGUGGUCCUCGGUGGACCUGAGAACACCUAUCUCUGAAGCUCUGCGCCUUCCCGUUUGGGUCGACAAUGACGGCAACUGUGCUGCUCUGGCUGAGAAGAAAUUUGGUCAUGGCAAGGGAGUGGAGAACUUUGUGACUGUCAUCACAGGAACAGGUGUUGGAGGAGGAAUUAUCCAUCAGAAUGAACUGGUCCAUGGCAGUACCUUCUGCGCUGCAGAGCUGGGUCACAUUGUGGUUUCACUUGAUGGCCCCGAGUGUUCAUGUGGCAGCAGAGGAUGUAUAGAGGCCUACGCAUCUGGCAUGGCUCUGCAGAAAGAGGCCAAAAGGCUACAUGAUGAGGAGCUGCUGAAGGUGGAGGGAAUGGAUAUGCAGCAGGCAGAGCCAAUUACUGCCGCACACCUCAUCAGUGCUGCAAAACUGGGGAAUUCCAGAGCUGAGGCUGUUAUCAACAAAGCCUCCACAGCUCUGGGUAUGGGUAUCGUGAACAUCCUCCACAUGAUGAACCCCUCUCUGGUGAUUCUUUCGGGGGUGCUGGCCUCUUACUACCAGGCUCCAGUGCAGAACAUCAUCUCAGAGAAAGCCCUGGUCUCUGCUCAGAACAUCAAAGUUGUCGUAUCACACUUGGAGGAGCCAGCUUUACUCGGAGCAGCUAGCAUGGUGUUAGAUUAUGCAACAAGGAGGAUAUACUGAAGGAUGUAACGCUCUUAUUUAAAACACACAGCUACUUGCGAUAUGACUCUGUCUGAAGCUCAUACCUGUAGGGCCAAGGUAGAUAUGCAAGCAUUUCUAAAGGAUACUUUUGAAAGCUUCAGUGCGUUUAAACUAUAAUGUCAUUGCCACGAGUCAAAUGCAUUUUUAAAAUGUACUGCUGCUCCAGAUAAUUGCAGGUACACAGCCUGUGAAAAAUGUAAAGUGGGUCCAGUGCAGGGACCAGAUAUCCUGUCACUCUUUUUUCUACUUUGUCAAAGUGAAAUCACACCUUAGGAUUAUCAUUGAGUAGAUAAGCAUCUGCUUUUGAGUAAAAAUCCACUUCAGGCCAAAAUAAUCAGUCCAGAGAAGAAUUUACUCAAUCUGAGAUGCCUUAUAGUGCUGAAGGGAAAAAUUGGUUUCAUUUGUGACCAAAAGAGUUCUGAAUCAUUCUCCUGUAGCUUCCUUACAGUUCUUCUGCAUCACUCUUUGACCCACUUUUCUACAUAUUUUGUUUAAAUUUCCAUUCUCAUUUUUGGACAAGAGAUUCCUUUAAUAUGUUACAUUUCCAUGUCUUAUUAUUAAUUAAAUUAUUCGAGGUGUGGGAGGGGGAAGUGAAUCAUUUGUGGUGAGGUUAAGAGGGUCUUUGUAUUUCAAAGGAUUUCUUGUAAAUUUGGUUUAAAAACUUUAUUGGAUUAUGUUAAUGAAAUGUUUAUGGCUGCUACAGUACGAUGAGGGCCUGAAGCUGAAUUAUUUGCCCGAGUCGGAUUAAGUUUCUUUUUUACACGUUGCCACAGACCUUACAAACAUUGAAAGUAAUUUCUAAAGUUUUUAAUGCAUUGUUUAGAUAUAAUUUAUCUAAAAAGUUAUAGUUUAUUUGUAUGUAUUAUCCUAUACUGUAGUUUAUGUUACAGGCUUAUUGUGAUUUUGAAGAACUACUUUGUAAUUUGGUUUGGUUUCUGUCCAAAUAAAUUAUUAAACAUUU